AUGCGUGCGUCUGCCCUUGUUAUCAUGGCAACUCGUUCCCAGGAUCAGGACUUGGUUGCCAGCGUGGCGUCGACGCAUGGCGUCCAAGGCCGGGCAAGCCUGCGGGGUCGUCGAGCCGGAUGCCAAAAUGAUGGCCACGGCGACACAGAAGCGGCGGCGGCAGCAGUAUCAUCGAUACCAGCAGUACAAGAACAAAGGCCUGCAGGGCAAAAUAGCAGCUGCCAGGUCGUCCCCUCGUUUGGAUGGCAUCCAUGGUUUUCUCAUCAACUGUACGAUGACGUUGCCGCUGAGCCCACGUAUAAACCACCACGACAAACACCGACACGAGAUGAGACGGAUGAAGCGGCACUAUUGGCCGCCAAGAAGGUGCAUUAUCAGGCCGUUCUCACACCACCGCCCCAAGAUGAUGGCUUUGUUGCGUCCUUGCCUACACCGAUGCCACUUUCGUCAUUCAUCAGUUCAACCCGUGUCCGACUGCAAUCUUUCCCUCUGGCCCUCGUCGGCGAGAUUGGCCUCGACAAGGCGUUCCGCUUGCCGCAGAAAUGGGACCCUGCGUCUUUCGAAUCCAGAGAUGGUACCUUGACACCCGGCGGCCGGGAAGGCAGGCUGUUAAGCCGUCACCGAGUGCGCAAGCCGCACCAGGAAGCCAUUUUACUUUCCCAACUACGUCUUGCAGGCGAAGCCGGCAGACCCGUCAGCAUACACGGCCUCCAAGCUCACGGCAUUCUGUAUGAUGUGGUAUCCCGCUGCUGGAAAGGACACGAGAAGCAUAUUGCGUCGCGACGUGAGAAACGCAUGAUGGCUCCAGGUGAACAGGACGACUCAGACAAGGAGGAUGCCAACGCCGUUGCUGGAAAACCGUACCCGCCCCGGAUCUGCCUCCAUUCAUACAGCGGCUCUGUAGAAGGUUUAAGACAGUGGUUCAAUCCUACGGUCCCAGCAACGGUAUACGUAUCCCUCUCCAUGGCUGUCAAUUUUGGCACGGCAUCAAGCCGCGAAAAAUUCCCCGAAAUAGUUGGUGCCGUGCCUGAUGACAGGAUUCUAGUGGAAAGCGAUUUGGAUUCUGCGGGGGAGAAGAUGGAUGCUUCAUUAGAGGACAUGUAUCGGCGCGUGUGUGAGGUCAAGGGGUGGUCACUGGAGGCUGGUAUAUUGAGGGUUGCCAAGAAUCUGGAAGAGUUCGUCCUUGGUCACGAGUCAUGA